AAUAAAACAUUGUUGUAGAUUCAUGACAAAUGUAAUGUUUUAUUGGUCACGUUGUAGCUGUAAACCUAUCUUAGUAUACCUAGUCCGGGUCUAAUCAUUACUUUCAAAUGUCUUGUGGUACACAGAACACAAACUUUAAGACAUACAUAGACGUAUUUGUUCAGUAACGAUAUUAAUUAGUACAUAGAAAAGGAUCAAUGGUUGUAUCUCUUUGGAUUUCGAAAAAGGAUAAUUUAUGCAUACAACUGUUUAGUAUUUAGUUAAAAUUGUGCAAGGAUUAGUGUAAACUGCAAAGGUUUUUACAUGUUUCAGCCACUAAGCACCAAGACUAUAACGAACCAACAUUGUUUACACAGCUUGCUCUACGAAUAACAAAUAACAAAGGACUCACAUAGCACACUGCAAGGAGUUUAGUUAUUCUCUAUUACUUGGUUAAAGAUAUUGUUGUGAUAAUAUUAACUACGGGUUUAAAAUAUUAUUGUCUGUUUGCUGUACAAUGGGAUUUUCAACGUUCGUGUUGACCAUAUUCUUGGUCGUCAUGACUAGUGGAUUUAAUUAUGGCCACUUCUUUUUAGCUGGCUUUCCAGGAUGGCCCACAGGAGACAGUCCGUUUACUGGAUACCAAUCACCAAUGCUGACUUCAUUACGCUUUGGUCCAAUAUCAAUGCCCACACCUGGGAUUCCAAAGUUCCCCACGAUCCCAGCACCAACGUUCCUAUAUCCUUUCCCAACUAUACCAACAUUCCAAUCUAUACAAGACAUGAUCAAAACAAUGCCUAACAAGGGCGGCUCUUACUCUGGUGUGGUAGUGAGCACACAGACAGAGUCGAAAAUGAAAGACGAUGGUACUUUGGUCAAAAAGGGAGGGUCUACUAUUCUGAUCAACGACGACGGGAAAGUUACGGUGCAUACCACUGGAGACAACCCACCAGACAUAAGCGAUAAAGCAGCGUUUAAGCCAAUUCCACCAUUUAAGUUCAAGAGCAUGUACGACAGUUUUGACAAAUUCAAAAAUUACGACGAGUACCAUAAUUAUCCCAACGUGAAGCCGAUUGACUUUGAUUCGAUCAAGACCCAUCAGCCGGGACCCGGGGAGACCUUCCAAGCUCACGCCAUCACCAGCAACAGAUACUCGUCCAAUAUAAAUGGCCAGGUAUCACAAGGAGGCCACAUAGCCACAAUACAGAAUAACAACGGAGAAAUAAAAGAAGAAAGUUAUACUUUUUAAAACAAGAAAAAAAAAU